AUGGCUGUGCCUCCCACGUAUAUUGAUCUUGGCAAGUCUGCCAGGGACGUCUUCACCAAGGGCUAUGGAUUUGGCUUAAUAAAACUUGAGUUGAAAACAAAAUCUGAGAGUGGACUGGAAUUUACAAGCUCAGGUUCAGCCAACACUGAGACCACCAAAGUGAAUGGCAGUCUGGAAACCAAGUACAGGUGGACGGAGUACGGCCUGACCUUCACAGAGAAGUGGAACACGGACAACACACUGGGCACGGAGAUCACCGUGGAAGACCAGCUCGCACGUGGACUGAAGCUGACCUUUGAUUCAUCCUUCUCCCCCAACACUGGGAAAAAAAACGCUAAAAUCAAGUCGGGGUACAAGCGGGAGCACAUCAACCUGGGCUGCGACGUGGACUUCGACAUCGCGGGGCCCUCGAUCCGGGGCGCCCUGGUGCUGGGCUACGAGGGCUGGCUGGCCGGCUACCAGAUGAACUUCGAGACAGCCAAGUCCCGCGUGACCCAGAGCAACUUUGCCGUUGGCUACAAGACCGAUGAAUUCCAGCUUCACACUAACGUAAACGACGGGACGGAGUUUGGCGGCUCCAUUUACCAGAAGGUGAACAAGAAGUUGGAGACGGCUGUGAACCUCGCCUGGACAGCAGGAAACAGUAACACUCGCUUUGGAAUAGCAGCCAAGUACCAGAUCGACCCCGAAGCCUGCUUCUCGGCUAAAGUGAACAACUCCAGCCUGAUCGGGUUGGGAUACACCCAGACACUAAAGCCAGGUAUCAAACUGACGCUGUCAGCUCUGCUGGAUGGCAAGAAUGUCAACGCUGGUGGCCACAAGCUUGGUCUAGGACUGGAAUUUCAAGCAUAA